AUGACUUGUUUCCUGCAAAAUGUACCUGUUGAUUGCAACGAUCCCCGGAAUUACCGAACGAUGUGGGGCAUCGUCUAUAGCUGUCUCCUUACUGUGUUUGCUUGCAUUUGGACGGCAGUGCACCCAGAUGUACCACAUUCCGAUGGUGAUGCCGAGUUCAUAGGAUCGCGCGGUGGCUCGGUGAUCCUUUCACUGGUUGUACCGGAAUGGACUCUGGUGCCUGCAUGGGAAGAAUUCGUGAUGUCUCGGAGAAUAUCAGAGAAAUACGAGAUGGUCGAAGGGUGGACCUCGACGCAUUCAUAUUUUGUUGCUAUGAGUGGUUUCUUCGACCCGUCAACGGGAAGGGGUGUGAACACGAAUGAGUUGCAGCAAUACCCUGGCAUAAUCGAGAACACUGGGAAUACUAGAAAGGUUGCAAUAACACAGAAGCAAAUUCUCGACAGAAGCAAAGGCGAUGCGUUUUCCAAAUUUCUCACUGUCCUCCAACUACUAUGGUUUAUCACUCAAUAUGUCGGGCGAUGGGCAAGCCAUUUGCACAUAUCGCAACUGGAGACAAUGGCGCUGGCGUAUGCAGCAUUGAGUCUCGUUCUUUACGUGUUGUGGUGGGAUAAACCCGUCAACGUUCAAUUCCCAAUCCAUGUGACAAAAGAGUCCCCUUCCGAGACAAAUGCCGAUCAACAAACACCUAAAACGGAGACUGAUGCAGAUGCAGAUCCGACGUCCCGCGUAGAGGCGUCUGAGCCCAAGGGGUUGGAACUCCUCUAUAUAUCGGGAGUCGCUGGGAUGGUCUUUGGGGGAAUUCAUUGCUUUGCAUGGUCAUUUCCCUUCCUGACACACACCGAGAUGGUCCUAUGGCGGGUUUCAGCGGUGUAUAUCACAGUGGCUCCUGCCUUUGUAUUGUGGAUUGCACGGGCUAGGAGUAAUCGUGCCAGUAACGGUAUUACUGUGUUUAUAACUGCAACACUUGUUCUUCUUUACGCUACUGCGCGGGUCACCUUGGUCGUUCUCACCUUCACUUCUUUGUGUUCACCUCCGCCUGAUUUAUACCAGACCCCAUCUUGGUCAUCAUUCUUCCCACAUUUUGGAUAGCUGUGUAUGUACUGUGCCUCAGGUUAAAUUUUUUUUUUACAGGACAGCCUGAUGUUGACGAAAAUCGCUG